AUUGUUCAGGGACAGAGGUAAGUCACUUCUCUGAGCCAGAGGAGGGGUGGCAGGUACCCUGCACCCAGCCCAGGAAGCAGGUGGUCUCCAGGAGAGUCGGGAGCCCCACUCCUCCGUGUGCUCCGUCUCCCCACAUCUGGAAGAGCUCCAGUGUCUGCCUCUCCCUCCACGACUGAGGGACGGGGAGCAUGAGUCGGUCAAGGCAUGUGGGCAAGAUCCGGAAACGUCUAGAAGAUGUCAAGAGCCAGUGGGUCCGACCAGCCAGGGCUGACUUCAGUGACAACGAGAGUGUGCGGCUGGCCACAGAUGCCCUCUUGGAUGGGGGUCCUGAGGCCUAUUGGCGAGCGCUCAGUCAGGAAGGUGAAGUGGACUUCCUGUCCUCUGUGGAAACCCAGUACAUCCAGGCCCAGGCCAAGGAGCCCCCCUGUGCCCCGGAUCUUGCAGGAGGGGCUGAAGCAGGCCCCAAGGGACUCGACUCCUGUUCCCUGCCAUCAGGAACCUACUUCCCUAUGGCCUCAGAGGGCAGCGAGCCAGACCUGCUGCAUACCUGGGCCUCAGCUGAGAAGCCCUACCUGAAGGAAAAGUCCAGUGCCACUGUGUACUUCCAGAUGGACAAGCACAACAACAUCAGAGACCUCGUACGCCGCUGCAUCACCCGGACCAACCAGGUCCUGGCCAUCCUGAUGGAUGUGUUCACGGAUGUGGAGAUCUUCUGUGACAUUCUAGAGGCAGCCAACAAGCGUGGCGUGUUCGUCUGUGUGCUCUUGGACCAGGGAGGUGUGAAGCUCUUCCAGGAGAUGUGUGACAAGAUCCAGAUCUCUGACAGUCACCUCAAGAACAUUGCCAUCCGGAGUGUGGAAGGAGAGGUGUACUGUGCCAAAUCAGGCAGGAAAUUUGCUGGCCAAAUCCAGGAGAAAUUCMUCAUCUCAGACUGGAGAGUCGUCCUGUCUGGAUCCUACAGCUUCUCCUGGCUCUGUGGACACGUCCACCGGAACAUCCUCUCCAAGUUCACGGGCCAGGCAGUAGAGCUGUUUGAUGAGGAGUUCCGCCACCUCUACGCCUCCUCCAAGCCCCUGAUGGGCCUGAAGUCCCCCAGGCUGACCACACUCCUGCAACCCAGAGAGGGUCCCAGCAUCCCCAACGGCCGUCUGAGUGGCAGCAGCUGCUCCGCCAGUGACCGCACAUCCUCCAACCUCUUCAGCAGCCCGUCGACAGGCAGCAACCCCCACAACCAGAGUGUGUCCAUGUCCUCGGGGCCUGGCAGUCCCCUGGUCCCAAACCCUCCCCCACCCCCCAGGUUUCAGCCUUACCACGGGCCUUGGGGAGCCCCGUCUCCACAGGCCCUCUUCUCCCCCAGGCCUCACGAUGGCCCUCCCACCCCCUACAACAACCUCAAUGCCUACAGGCCCACUAGGCUGCAGCUUGAGCAGCUUGGCCUAGUCCCCAGAGUGACCCACAUCUGGAGACCCUUUUUACAGGCCUCACCUCAUUUCUGA